AACACCAGCCAGACACCUCCCUGUCUCUCUCUCGUCACUUUCUCUCUCUAAAAACGAUUCAGAUCAGUGAAGAUUUUCACAUUGAAAGAAUGUCGGCAGGGGGAUCUCAAAAGAGUUUGCGGAAAGCCCUCGGUGCCAUUAAGGACAGCACCACUGUCAAUUUGGCUAAAGUCAAUAGUGACUACAAGGAAUUGGAUGUAAAUAUUGUUAAGGCCACCAAUCAUGUUGAGCGCCCAGCAAAAGAGAAACAUAUGCGAGCUAUAUUUGCAGCCAUCUCAGCUACAAGACCUCGUGCCGAUGUCGCAUAUUGCAUCCAUGCUCUUGCAAGAAGAUUGUCGAAGACACACAAUUGGGCGGUAGCUUUGAAAACUUUAAUUGUUAUCCAUCGGGCCUUGAGGGAGGUGGAUCCGACAUUUCAAGAAGAACUUAUUAACUACGGAAGGAGCAGUAAUCAUUUGCUCAACUUAUCUCACUUCAAAGAUGAUUCUAGCCCAAAUGCAUGGGAUUAUUCUGCCUGGGUUCGGACUUAUGCUUUAUUUUUGGAGGAGAGGCUGGAGUGCUUCCGUGUAUUGAAGUACGAUGUUGAGACAGAACGUCUGAGAACUAGAGAUCUAGAUACUCCUGAGUUGCUUGAACAAUUACCAGCUUUGCAACAACUUCUGUAUCGUGUUUUAGGCUGUCAGCCGCAAGGAGCAGCAGUUCAUAACUUUGUGAUUCGGCUAGCACUUUCUUUGGUUGCUUCUGAAAGCGUCAAAGUGUACAAGGCAAUUAGUGAAGGUUCACUUAAUUUGGUUGACAAGUUCUUUGAGAUGCAACGACAUGAUGCUCUUAAAGCUUUGGAUAUAUAUAGAAGGGCUGGACAGCAGGCCGAGAGAUUGUCCGAGUUCUAUGAAAUAUGUAAAAGUCUCGACAUGGGACGUGGGGAUGGGUUCAUUAAGAUUGAGCAGCCACCAUCUUCAUUCAUACAAGCCAUGGAAGAAUAUGUUAAAGAAGCUCCCCGUGCUUCAAACGUUCGUAAAGAUCUGCAGUCAAUUGAUGGGAAACCAAAAGGAAUUUUAGCCAUAGAACACAAUAAAGAGGCAGAGCUUCAGGAGAAAUGCCCACCAUCACCUCCAGUAGAACCCAAGCCUGAGCCAGAACCAGAACCAGAGCCAGUUAAAGCCGAAGUUCAUUUUGCUGAGCAAUCACCAGAUUUGCUGGGUCUGGAUGAUCCCAUUCAAGAAGUCUCUGAAUUAGACCAGAAGAAUGCUAUGGCUUUGGCUAUUGUUCCAAUAUCUGAUCAACCAUCUUCGACUGCUGCAACAAUGAUUGAUGGAACUGCAGGAUGGGAAUUAGCCCUUGUAACUGCCUCAAGCUCUAAUGAGAGUGCUACAGCUUCAAGCAAACUGGCUGGAGGGCUGGACAAACUUACACUCGACAGCCUCUAUGACGCUGCAGUCAGGAGAACCAACCAGACCGCAAGUUACAACCCAUGGGAACAAGGUCCUAUGAUGCCACAACAGACCACACUAGACCCGUUCUACGCUUCUAACAUGAUGGCUGCACCGCACAACGUACAGAUGGCAGCCAUGGCUCAGCAGCAGCAAGCUUUCGCGUUGCACCAGCAACAACAAAUGAUGAUGAUGCACCCACAACAACAAAGUUCAAACCCCUUUGGCAACCCAUACGUGGAUGGCCGCCAUCCCUACAAUGCAGGUGUGCCAGUUCAACCCUAUAAUCAAUAUAAUGGUCUCAUUUAAAUUCCCUUAUAAUUUGCCGGAACUUGAUUGAACGAGUAGCGGAAUAGUGUGGCAUUUUACAUAAAAAAAGGAUGUAUACAGUUUGUAAGCACAGGAGGGUAGAAUGAGAUUAUUUUUUAGGAGCAGAAUAUUGGUUUGGGACUAGAGUCAAAUUCUUUGAUCUGCUUCUGCUUUGUGCUCAAGUGGGUGGGUUGAUUUUGUUAAUGAAAAUAGAAGAUUUGUGUAAGAUUUUGUUUUGCACAUUCUUGUAUAUCAUACAUACAGUGAUUGAGUGGUUAUUCUUGGUUAUAUUCUCC